AGAGCCUGGAUGGGAGGAGGGCUGGAGCUCAUUAAGAAAAGGCCUGCGUACAAAGGCCUAAACAGUAGUGCCCUGUUUCCUGGAACUGGGGCUAGCAGGCCUGUAGCUGGUUUGCACAUUAAUUGCCAACCAUCCCCAGGCUGUCCAGGUAGAACUUGCAGUCUGAGUCUUGCAUUGCCUGUACAAUAACAAGAAUGCAGCUUUGUGCUGACUGAGCAGUAACAUUUUAUCUGGUACAUUACUCUGAUUUCUGAUACUAAUGGCCUUAAGUAAAAUGGAGGAUUUUAAAUUUGAUGGAAAAGAGCGCAUACCUGUCAACUACGUGAAGGGGAUAAUGCAACCCAUACCUACCUGUAACAUCUGGGACCAGAUCUGGAACUUCCAAGCCAAGUCUGAUGAUCUGCUUAUUGCCACCUAUCCUAAAGCAGGAACAACAUGGACUCAGGAGAUAGUGGACUUAAUACAAAAUGAAGGUGAUGUUGACAAAAGUCAACGAGCACCUACUUACAUACGAUUUCCUUUCAUCGAAUGGAUAGUCCCAUCCAUGAGAUCUGGUUUGGAACAAGCUAAGCAAAUGCCCUCACCACGGACCCUGAAAACACAUCUUCCCAUCCAAUUGCUGCCACCAUCCUUCCUAGAGAAAAACUGUAAGAUAAUCUAUGUAGCAAGAAAUCCAAAGGACAAUAUGGUGUCUUAUUACCAUUUCCAAAGAAUGAAUAAAGCUCUUCCUGCUCCAGGAACCUGGGAAGAGUAUUUUGAGAGUUUUCUGGCUGGGAAAGUGUGCUGGGGAUCAUGGCAUGACCAUGUGAAAGGAUGGUGGAAAGCCAAAGAUCAACACCGCAUUGUCUACCUCUUCUAUGAGGACCUGAAGAAGAAUCCAAAGCAGGAAAUUCAGAAGCUGGCAGAAUUUAUUGGAAAAAACCUAGAUCAUGAAGUUCUAGAUAAAAUUCUCCAUCACACUUCAUUUGAUGUUAUGAAGCAGAAUUCAAUGGCAAACUAUUCAUCAAUUCCUACUGAAAUCAUGAACCACUCUGUUUCUCCAUUCAUGAGAAAAGGGACAGUUGGAGACUGGAAAAAUCACUUUACUGUGGCUCAGAAUGAGAGAUUUGAUGAAGACUACAAGAAGAAAAUGGCUGAUUCCAGUCUAACUUUCCACUUCCAAUUCUCAUAAAAAAGAAAACAAAAAUUUUUUUAGUUUAUUACCUAAUUUAUUGGGUAAUAAUUAAAUUUUGUUGCUCAGAUCACAUAAUAUUGGAUUAGGUUCUCAGACUAGUUGUUUAUUGUGUUUGCUUUUGUUCACUCUAAAAAAGUGGGGAUAAAGCUAACAGAGAUUGGGGACAAGGUGGAGAGUGUGAGGAGAAUGGCAGUGUGGAAGGAAUGAGGUUCAAUCAUCACUAGUUAAAAUCCUGGCAUCAUUGCUAAUUAUCAUUAUGUUUAAGUUUUCUACAGAUCAUGUGUUUGUUAACAUUAAAAAUUCUUCAUUCCUUAUAUAAGAAAACACUAAAAUUUUCAGAGUAAGUGUUCUUUCAGACUAACUUCUCAACACAGCACUAAAGUAUGUAGAUAGUGACUAUUUCUCCCAGAAAGUAAUUGGUAGCCAAGUAACCAUCGUGUAACUCUGUUUCCCCAUGAAACUUUCCAAUUCACUUCAGUGUUCUUUCUAUAAUACAUCUAUUCCUAUCAAUUACCACAUCCUAUAUACUUAACUCUCUCUCUCUCACCUCAGCCAGUGCUAUGAUUCAGUCUUGGAGUCAUAUCUUGAUUUGCCUCCUUCCAGUGAAUCCAUAAUCAUAUGCUAAUCCACCAACAAUAUCUCAGUUUUUCUUGUAUGAAGUCUCAAUUCUAUAGCCACCCUUCUGGUUCAGAAACCUUUUACCCAUACUAGUGUAAGCUUCCUAACUAAUUUCUCUCUUCCUCGCAAAUCUAUUAGGGUUACUUUCCUAAAACAGGAUUGUGAUUGUAUUUUUCCUUAGCUCUAAAUAAUACUUCAAUGACGCUGAAUUUACAGUGGCUGAAAGAUAAAUCCCAUGCUUUUUAACCAUCAAUUCAUAGGCAGCUAUAAACAUAUGAUAUGGUUAAUCUCAUCUUCCAAACCACUUUUCUAGCUUAAUUUCAUCUUCUAAACCAUCUCCUUACUUCAGCAAAUUAGCUACUCACUGAGCCCUGAUAUCUUGCAGGUUCCUACCCUACUAGUUUUAUUUUCACCUUGCCUCUAUCUGAAAACAUAUUCUACCUAUCCAAAACAUAUAACAUGCUUCAAUAACCAAGGCAAGUGGUUCAUUCCUUCUGCAAAUACUGAAAACUGAAGAGAUCAUUUGUUCUUCUGAAGUUCUCUACACUUAGUAUAAUUCUUUUGUGAUUAAGAUUAAAGUAUAUUACAUCUCUUAUAUGUA